UCAGUACAGAAACUAUUGGCUUUAAUCAGAAGAGAGGUAGCCAAGUGCAAUAUUUAAGGACUGGUGAAGUUAUUUUAACUGACUAAAAUGAUGAAUGCUUUCAUGGCCUGCCUUGCUUGUCUGUGGCUGAUGGUGCACACUGCAUCAUCCUCUGUGUCGUGGUGUUAUAACAGGCCAUCCUGCAGAGAUGUCACUUGGUCCAAAAUUGCAAGUAAAGCCUGUAAUGGCACUCAACAGUCUCCAAUAAACAUCAUAUCCGCCAAUGUCCGAGCUAAUGCUAAUCUGACCCCUUUCAACUUCACUGGCUACGAUGACAAAGCGACCUUGACUGAGAUUAUAAACACUGGCAAGACAAUUAAAGUUCCACUUGAUCGCAAGAGAAUGCAUGUGGAAGGAGGUGAUCUGCCAGGCUUGUUUACCAGCAAGCAUUUUCAUCUCCACUGGGGUAACGGCAGCGCCAUGCCUGGAUCUGAACACACUGUGGAUGACAAACGAUACCCUAUGGAGUUGCAUAUCGUAAAUAAGGCGGUGCAUAAUGGCAGCGUGUCUGGUGAUCCAGAAAUGGCAGUUCUUGGUGUCUUUAUUGAGGCCACUAAUGACAUUGGGAAACCGACGAGCUGGAAGUACUUAACAUCUUAUCUUAAGAAAAUUGCCAAUGCAGGUGAUGUAGAACGCAUUUCCCACAAUAUCUCCAUGAAUGAUCUGCUUCCUGGAGUGGACAGGACGAAAUAUUACCGUUAUAUGGGCUCUAUGACUACACCAAACUGCACUGAAGGUGUUGUGUGGACCAUCUUUAAAGAUCCCAUCAAAGUCAGCAAAGAUUUGAUUGAUCUCUUCACGAAGACCGUCUACAUCAACAAGACCACCAAUUCUUCUCUAAUGACCAACACUUUCCGGAGUAUUCAGCCCAUCAAUGGCAGGAUUGUGAUGUCACAGGCAGCAGGCGCCAAAAAUUCUGGCCUACUCAAACCACCUACAUCAACAUCAACCACUAAACCAACUACACCAUCAACCACUAAACCAACUACACCAACAUCAACCACUAAACCAACAUCAACUGCAAAAACAAUUACAUCAACGGCAACAAACCCAUCCCAGGCUCUGGUGCGUCCACUUCUGAGUCUCGUACUCCUGUACUGCAUCCUACCUUUGUUCUAGAACCGGUCGACGAAAUGAAGGUACUUUUGAACUGAUGUCUUUAGAAUAGAUCUGAUGGUAUUAUAUUCCUUAACAUAUGUAAAAAAAAAAC